UAGCUAUGAAGAGUUGGUAUGUUCUGUUCGUCAGUUAGUUUCUGCAUGUCUUGGACGGUGCACGAGCGCCCGCCCGCCCUGCGUGCGCCGCGAAACUCCAGUCCAGCUUCGAACUGAAAACACAAACUUUGAAUUAAAUGCUAUUGAAUACUACUAUUUGAGUGAAGUGUAGUGAAAGUUGUUUACAAAGGAUUGAGCAAAGAUUUUAUUUAAAGAUUCCAAGCCUUCGAAAUGCGCUGGAACGCGGCAGCAGCAGUAAGAUGAAGGGAUUGCACCAAUCACCAUGGUGUAGCUAGAAGGCGUUAGACAAGGACAGAUAGCCAGUGCCAUGGAGAUGAACGGGACGGAAGCUCGAGGCGAGGAGGCGGUGACGCUCGCUUUGAGUGUGGCCGUCACCGUCAUCUCCGCCAUAGGGUUGCUGCUCAACGCUUACAUACUGUUCAUCAUUGUCAUUACUAAACAGCCUGCAUCAGCGUCAUCAGUACUUCUAGUACACCUCGGAGCAGUGGGUGCACUGGCCAGCGGUGCUGCUUUGUGUGCGGGCGGCGGAACUUGCGUGUGCGGCGCGUUGCUGCACGCGCUGCACCCUUUGCAGCUAUGGACUGUGUGCGGCCUGCACGCUGACCGCGCGGCCGCCAUUGCCGCACCCUUGCACUACGCAGCUAUUGUCUCGGCCAAAAAGGUGUUAAUCUGCUGUGGCUGUGGCUGGGUAGCGCUUGGAGCUCUCCUAGCCCCCUUAGCAGCCGCCCAACCCCCACUAAUCUACAGCAUCGGUCUUGGAGGUUGCGCACCUGAUUGCGGCGCUGGGCCUACCGCUUUGGGAUUCUGUCUCGUCUAUGCACUAUUAACUCUUCUAGUGCCCACAGUAUUAGUCCUUCUCUGCAGCUUAAAAAUCCUCCGUAUAGCCCGCUACCACCGGCACAGAAUAGCAGCUGCGAUAUACGAAGUAACACUGUCAGCACAAGUUACUGUCACUCAUCAACGUAACCCAUUUUCCACUCCACCACCACCUAGGCGAAGAGCCUUGUCAGCUAUACUACAACCCCUAGGAACUUUAGCGAUAUUAUACUUUCCUUAUUAUUGCGUGUUAAUAUGGCCUGCUAUUGCGGUACCUCCACAACCCAUCGCCGCUUUAUCUGCCGCUCUCCUAGCAGCAGCUCCACCUGUCAACGGUAUUCUCUACGGAGUUCGAAGUAGAGCACUAAGAGAUUCCUUACGUAACUAUCGACGGAAACGAAUGACGAAGAGCGAAGUGACGCAAGAGAUUCAAGCACGGACACCGAGCGCUUGCGGUUCAAGAAGACCAUCUCUAUCAGCUGGAUCGGGCUGCAUAAGGCCACCGACGACGCGCCGGUUAUCUGACGCUGCAGCGAUGGGUUGUCGUGGAUCUGAACGACCAGCACAGCGUGCGGCAUCGUGCAAUAUGUUGCAAGAACCUCUGGAAAUCGAAGCGCCUAAAGCUAGACAAUCUGCGAUCCCUUUAAUAAGAGCGCCACCGCACGUCGUUCUCGGUCGCGCUCUUGGGCUAGAAGAAGGUGUUACGAGGGAACGCAGACGUCGUCAGUCCCCACGUAUUACAGUUACAAGAGCAAUGUCAGAUGAAUGCGAGUCUCCAUCUCGACGUCCACUCUGUAGACAGCAUUCUAGAUCGAGUGGAGCUCUUCUAGGAACGAUGUCCUGUUCCCCCGCGCUAUCCGAGCACAUAUCUAUGGAUAUCAGUGCUGACGAACAACUUCUUCUCUCUUGGCCUCAACGCUCUCCAGUCAAGCAAGAGAUUUUAUAAAACGGGUCAUUUUUAUAUGUAUCUAAUAUGAUCUUGCUAUGUUUUAAUGUGUGAAAGACAAUAACUGUGCGCGCGGUUCAGUCGAGUGUUGCCGUUUUAUUGUUUUGUAAAAGCUUUCUAUCGAUACUCGACCUUCCCGACCAAAACUGUGACCAAAUGUUGUUUCCUAUAUCUAUUUACAACUCUAUCGUAGACAUAACGAUUUCCGACAGGGUUCUCCAUAUCGUUAGCUUUACAAUACCAAAGUAUUACUUUAGUGCGUAUUUCUUAUAAUCUUUCUGUAUAAUUCCAUAGGUUUAUAGACAAAUUUAAGAUUGUUGGAUAUAUUUUUUUGUUAUUUAUUUACUUGUAACUUGAGAUGUCUAUAAAAAUUGUUGUAACAGAAGCUUAUCUGCCGUCCAAUAUCUAAAAUAGUUUUUGAGUUAUCGCCAAAAAACGUGGGAAUUUUCAAUAACUAACGUUCCUAAAAAAGCAUGCUAUACAGGAGGGUUUUUGUUAGUUUUUAGUGUGGUCCUACGUAGCAAACUUUUUCAGAAGCAUCAGCUGUUUAUCUAAAUUACGAUAUUUUUUGACGAUAACUCUUAAAUUAUUUUUUUGUAGUUAACGGCUUAUUAAACAUAGGACGGCAGUUAUAUAAAUAGGUAAAUGUUAGGUAGUAUGAGAUUUGCACUGAUCUAGUCGACUGCGAUAAGUCUAUUAUAAUAAUAUAAUUCUCUGUUAGGUAAAUUAUUAAAAUAUGCAACGCUUUUAAUUAUUGCCGCCGUCCAACUCAUGGAUUCUAUACCUAUAGUGUGGUGCAUAUAAUGAAGUACCCUGAAUGCAAGUAAUCAUAUUUUGUUCUUAUGUGUAAUAUAAAACGGAUAGGUAGGUAGUACGACGAA